GAUUCGAUUGGAAAAGCAAUAACGGGUGCAGAUGAGUUACCAUGGCUGCGAAUGGUGUGAGCAUGAUGCAGCGGUGCAGCGUGGCUGCGCGGUGGUUCAUGAAGGCGGAGAGUGCGGCAGCGAUGUCGGCGGUGGCGCCUCAAUUGUGUGGGCGCGGGGACAAGAAGACGAAGAAAGGGAAGAGAUUUAAGGGAUCCUACGGUAACGCUCGGCCGAAGAAAGAGAAGAUGAUAGAGCGCAUAAAGGACAAGGUGGAAGUUCCCAGGUCUACUCCUUGGCCUCUUCCUUUCAAGCUCAUCUGAUGUCAAUUUCAUUUUAGGGUUUGCAGCUCAUAUAUGUACUUUCACUACUAUUUUCUAUUCAAUACUUUUCUUUA